AGUCUAAACUAAAUAAUUAAAAGAAAAUGAAGACGGAUAGAAUAUGGCGGACUUUAACAGAAAUCUGGUACCUACAUAAUUGAUUUGUUCAAUCUGUCGAUAAUAUUUUUUACUUGUGACUCAAACACUAAUCAGUUCAACUUAGUUCAGAGUUUGAGAAAUAAUUCAAGAGAUUUACGCAUGCGCCUGUUUUACGCGCCACCCCUUAAAGCCUUACGACCGCCUCUCUCGCGGCACAUUACCUGCAAUAUGAACCCUCAGAUCUUAAGCAUAGAGGUUUCUACUCCGCAAGCUUGUCAUCUCACGAAAAUUUUGAGACUCGCGUCAUCUUCAGUUCUAAAGCCGUCAUUAUGUUCGCGGACGAAGAAUUAAAUUUUCGUGACGGAUUCCCUAAAAUUCUCACUCCAUCGUCGGCAUAGGCUUUCAUAGGUGAGUUGUAAUUGAAACCCGACUUUGUGUAACGGAUCGUAUGGUGGAAAUUCAUUUGAACCACUCGGGCUGUAAGGAUACUGUUUCAGAGCAAAGAGUACAGCGCUCAGUCGGCUGCGAGCCUUCGAAGCGAGUGCAUUGGGCUCCGUGUCCGUAGCCGCGCCGAGAGCGUAACUUAUUUCGUGACGCGGGACGGGCAUUCAGUUACCUUUGCUCUUCAGAAACAGUGUUUGUUAAAUGUAACUAGGAUUGUCCUACGGGAGAUAAAUUAAUGAAAUAACGUACUUUAUUGUUUGUUAUAUGUAUGCUUUUAUAAAGUUAAAAGCAGUGAUAUUUUCAUCAAAUCAUGCAUAUAUGCGGCCGACACAAAAUUGUUGGGGAAUAAUAGAAAUGUGCGAUUUUCUAUAAAUCAAACUUAUACAGUUUGAAAAAUAAACGUACAACAGACAAACCCGAAACAAAACGGAAUGUCCAUAUCAAGCUUGAUUUUACAAAGUGAACAAACACAAAGGAGAUAAAUCUAGAACAGUUCUUGAACAGGACAAUGUUAACAAACAAAAUCAACAGAGCGGGUGAAACUUUCACAGCUAAGAAGUCGAAACUGUGUAUACAAUGUCGGCGGAGAACAGCGAGCUCUAACAAGCCGGCCAUCCGAACUUGUUAAACGCGCCGAGCGGGGAGUAAUUCAGCGAAGCGGCCACUAACGGACCAGUCAGACAGUUCGGGAGUGUUGUGAGGCUCGCAGCGGGAGUUUCUGCAUGGCUAGUGAGCGGCGGCGGCGCUGAGCGGAGCAUGGUGCGCGGAUGAUGGAGCCACAGCCGCUGGCCCGAGGCCGGCACACUCCCGCCGCCAGGAACCACAUCGUCUACACAGACCACAAAGGUCGAAAGAUUCCGUACGCUGACAAGAUCACCCCCGAGCCGAUCUUGCACAACAAUACCAGUAGAGACACAAAGGCAGACUCGAUCAGGAACAGUUAUAAUAGCCAAUUCAAAGUAGGAAUCUACGGCUGGCGGAAAAAAUGUCUGUACAUCCUUGUUAUGGCACUUAUGCUUAUGAUGAUCGUCAAUCUCGCCUUGACGCUGUGGGUUCUCAAAGUGCUGGAUUUUAAUUCUGAAGGAAUGGGUCAACUCCGCAUUGUACCGGGUGGCUUACAGUUAUUAGGACAAGCUCUAAUGCUGGAUUCCCUAUUCGCGUCCACCAUCAAGUCACGUCGAGGACAUCCAAUUUACAUGGAAGCUUCUCGAAAUUUUACCGUUUCUACUCGGGACAAGCACGGAAUGCUGCAGAGUAGAUUAUAUCUAGGACAUGAUCGCUUUGAGUUGAAUGUUGCUCGGCUAGAAGUGCGCGAUGCAAGAGGAGCGCUGCUGCUUGGCGCGGGGCAGGACACGGUGACCGUGGGUGCCGAAACCCUGACGGUGGUCAGUCCCGCCGGGGUCACAGUACAGUCCGCCGCGCAGACACCCCUAGUCAAAGCGCCCCCCUCGAAACCACUCGUGUUAGAGUCACCGACGCGUUCGCUGGAGAUGCACGCCGCACAGAACAUAGUGGUGGAGUCCCGCGCCGGAGACAUCAGCGCCAGCUGCCUCACGACCUUCCGACUCAGAUCCGUCGCCGGCUCGAUUCGCCUCGAUGCGCCCAGUAUAUUCAUGCCAAAAUUAAAGUCGGCAUUACCGCUACCGCCAUCAGCUGCGCACAUGCACGACCCGCAUCACCAGAACAUAUACCAGCUGUGCGCAUGCGCGAACGGCAAGCUAUUCCUAGCCCCGCCCCACGGCGCCUGCGCAGCCAGGGAGGAGAGCCUUAUAUGCCGAUGAUGAAUUUAAAUUGUGAUCCUGUGACAUUUUUAUAUCGUGAGAGACAUUCAUUUAUAUGAAAUUAAAAAUGAUUGCAGUUUUGAGGUGUAUCCGGAGAUGAUCAAAAUUUUUCAGAUGUCUAAGAACAAUUAGAAGUUUCAUCACCAUAGAGAGACUUCCAGUCCUCAGAUCUUAAGCAAGUUAG